AUGGCCAAGAGUUGGAACGCUGUCAUGUAUUACAGACAUCUUCAAUGCACACGUUACCGCGAUAUUGGCUCAAGCUUGAGUCGUGUGAUCGCAGCCCUACGGCGAGCUGAGUCUUUACAGAAACAACUGGGCAAAUCACCGUUCUGUGCCGCCAUGUCAAAUUCACCGGUAGGAGAUGACUUGCAGUUUCCCCCCAACCAACAGUCUCUUGAUCGUAACUACAAUCAUAAAUCAUAUUGCACUUCAUGCGAAGUCGCUUACUCGGAGCCACGAUUGGGCUGCGAUGAGGCACUUAUCCUUGAUCAGAAGAGGCCUCAUAAGACCAACGACAGAAACAGACACGCACAAAUAGCAUACCGACAUUUCUUCGGGUCUGUCCAAAUCAAGACGGCGGCAGAACGGCAGAGAAGUUACAGGGACAUUAACACCACGUACAUGGGUCCAUCUUGUGGCGUUGAAUCGCUUGGGCUUACAAACCUUGAUUUUAGCCCUCGAGCAGAAAUCCGUGGAUUUUGCCCGGUGAUUGAGGAGGGCGCUGUCGGAAAUGGCGUGAUUUUUCUCAUGUGGGAAAGGUUGGUUUCAAAUCAGCCCGGCAGUCUUGUCUACUACAUCUAUUUCAAAUUAUCUAUUGAUUGGCAGUGCUCCCUGUGUAAACAUCUCUCGUCGCCUCAGAAUGAUUUCGGUACCUACUUGCCUUACUUGGAGGAGCAAGUCCACCGCCUCUUGACGGAUAUACUGACGGAACUCGUUUGCGCAUCGGCUGACUUGAAGUCAAAUUCGGACCAAAUUCCGCUGCGAGUCCAGGGCGCGUGGGACACGAGGGGCUGGCAGGUUGGCCUACACUUCUCCACAGGCGGAACAUGGGUUAGGAUUGGAGAUAGCACCCCCAGUCUCUUCUCAAAGCUUGGCGUGACUGCUACGGUGUUCACGCCCAAGAGGUUCAGACUUACGACCACAGCAGCAACAGGCAGUAAGCCCGUACCGAUUAUCUCUCAACCAUCUGUACGCUCAGGGAAUUAUCCUCGCCAAGAAGACCUGGAUCAAAGCCCGAGCAUGUUCCCGUUCAAGUGCAGAGUAGUGAAGAUCAGAGAACGAGCUGGGACAUGCGUACCAGUUGCUAGAUCUAACUCGAGCCUUACUUUGCCUGAUAUUCUCAUGAUCGGGGACCAUCGCGGCCGAUUGGACUUCAAUUCCAGCCCAAUUCCUGGGCUUGACCUGUUGAUCAGCCCCUCUUCUUCCGGUCGUCAUAGAAAAGUUAUAAAUGAAAUAACUGUCGCUCUACAAUUCUUCCGACAUAAUACGCAAUUCACCACUUUCCUACUGCGGCUUCACGCAUAUGAGCCUAGCAUGGUUGAACAAAUCGCAACCGGAAAGAAGCCCGGGAGCCACUUUGUUCAUGUCCACAUUAAGGACCAAAAGUCUGCACGAUUUAACAACGCGCCACACCGACUUUACACAUCCGCCAUGGAUCGCUAUCCGUGUAUCAACAGAUACAAGUACACCGUCAACUGCCCAUCUUGGGUCUGGGUAUAUCGUACUCGUUGCGAAAACUGCGUUCUGGCGGUAGCAAAGUUCACCAAGGAAUCAUACGCGCUGAUUAGACAUCAAACCAUGAUAUCAAACAAUGAAGCCUGUAUCUACGUACGGACGAACCUUGUGUACCUUGUAGCGGAGUCUUGGGCAUACAAGUACGCAAUGAGCGCUUUCAAGGAGCUAAGGAGCUAUGCUCCUUGCCGUGGAGCCGAUGAGAUACUCGAUGCAGCAUGGCGCAUUGAUCAGUACCUUCAGUCAAGGCUAGACGUGUUUUGCCAGCCUCAAGAUGAACUUCCACCGGGCCAGACCCUCCGGCAGAGCCCCGUAGAGAAGGCCCGGAGCGAGGUUGAAAACCUUGACAUAGGGGGUCUUACAAGGGGUAAGCAAGCGCACCGCAUGGAUUUCUGUAUGUCGAUGCGUCUCAACAAGUUCGACUACAGCCUGAUCAACGCACCAAAGCCUUGUAAUUCGUCAUUGCCUGCGAUCGGCACUAUUACCAAAGGGGUGUCCGAAAGCUCAUCUUCUGGAAAUGAAGACAUGCGGAACCUGCAAGAUGCCGGUCUGAAUUCGACAAGCUAUCCCAUCGACUGCUGCAAGGCAACAGUACAUCCGAAACUCUCAGCGGCUGAUAUCAGUCUCCUGAAACUGUCAAACAGUCGACAAAGCGGGCUUGGAACCUGUGCCUCUUGCCCUUCUGACUGGCCCCUAGUGAAGAUGAGACUAUGUUCUGGCAAGAUUCCCAAGUCUUUGUCAGAGAAAGGCCUAGCAUUUGACCUCAACAGGUAUUUACACACCGUGUCUUCAUGCCGAACCCCAAACACGAUCCUUGCUCGUAUGCACAAUCAAGCGACAUUUUACCACACAUAUCUCUCUCUCGUCCACACCCUUUGUCCGUCUCAUAUCACGUCUUCUGGGACCAAGGCCACACCGUCCUUCCUCAUGGACAUACACCUUGUCGUAGGCAUAUCACACGCCUCAUUCAGGGAUACUCAAAUCACGUUGAAGUCAGACAUUCUUGCCAAGGAGAAUUGA